CGACCGCCACUUACCUCCGAGCCCCGCUUAUAAUACUCCUCUCCGCUUUCCCAAUCCUCUCAAUUUCAUACAGCCUCAGCUUUGGCGUUUCUCUUCUGCCCGAAUGGCAUCAAUUAGUCUCCGCAAGGCGAACACUCGGCUGCCGCCGGAAGUCAACCGGGUGCUCUACGUUCGGAACCUGCCAUUCAACAUAACGAGCGAGGAGAUGUAUGAUAUCUUCGGCAAAUACGGAGCUAUCCGCCAGAUCCGCAUCGGGACCAGCAAAGAAACGCGCGGCACCGCAUUCGUCGUAUAUGAAGACAUAUACGAUGCCAAAACGGCAGUGGAUCAUCUCUCGGGUUUCAACGUGGCCAAUAGGUAUUUGAUCGUCUUGUAUUAUCAGCAGGCCAAGAUGAGCAAGAAGUUCGAUCAGAAGAAGAAGGAAGAAGAAAUCGCCAUGAUGCAAGAGAAAUACGGCGUUUCUACUAAAGAUAAGUGAACUUCUAAAUAAUAUGGGGGUCAUCUUCUUUGAUUUGGGAGUUUAGGGUUUUAUAUGAAGUAUUCCAAUUAAGGGCCUAAUAGCAGCUAAAUACUAUGGCAUUUGUUGUUUGAAUUGUGUGAUUCGCAUGCGUUUACGAACUAUCUAUAGAUUUGCCUUGACAUGGAAUUUUGAUUUACAGUAUGAGAAUUGACUUGGCGUUUUAGAGGCAGUCGGCCACGGCUGCCGACCAUCUCAAAUUGAGGGGGGGGGGGGACGGUUUUGAAAUGAAAAAUCACAGGUGUUAUCUUCAAAAAAGAAAUUACACAUCAUGUCAGCACCAGCAUGAACCUCGAUGUGCUGAGGGAAAAUUAGUAUUGUAUUAUGUUUUUCUAAUGAACUAUAUGAGCAUUGUGUUAAAAUCAAUACACUUGGAUUUCCUAUAUUUCUCAAACAACUAGAAUCGAUGUUCUCUCUCCUCUCUCUCUUACCCCAUCACUUGCCAUACAAAUGAUACAACAAUGGCUUUCUCACAUUCUAGUUGGGAGGUGGUGAUGGCAAGGCACUGGAAGAACUGGAUGGUGACCAAGCAUAGAUGAGCAACCCGAUAACUAGGAUGAUUGCUCCUGCAACGAAACCAGUUGGAAGCGGUGAUGCUACCCCUAGAUAUGGCAGCGGCAAUGUGAAGAUAUAGACUGCAAUGGGUACUGCAACAACAGAAUAUCAUCGAUCGAUUGGACUUGGAGAUAUAAACGGUAAGUUGAGCGCAGUUGCUUGCUUGCAACUAAGAAACUGAUGGUAUAUGAAAGGAUGACAGAAAAGCAAUAACAUACCUGAGAAAGUAGAUGCCAGUGAGGAGACUACUGCGGAAGAUAUCUUGAGUAGAUGUAGCAAUGAUAUGUUGAAACCGAUGUUGACGAUAACGAACAGCAAAGGCAGUAGUGGCGCACCAUCACAUCCUGUGGCGAGCAGAAUUUCAAAUUAACCGAGUUAAUUUGUUCUAUCCAAGAUACAAAUCCACUUGAAAUAAUUGUUGCCUUUUGCAAUGGAUAGAAAGAUAAUAAGUAUGCCUUACCGCUUGAUAAGGUACCAGCAAUGUUCAAGAAACAAGCUGCCCCAUCUUUAAGAUAGUUUGCUAGCUGACUAAAUGGAAUGCCACAAAGUUUUGG